GUCGGACCGUCUACCGUUGACGACGACAACAACGCUCGAUACCACCCGCGCAAUCGAUAUUAUAAAUUGUUGAAAUAUAAUCAUUACUAACGCCUCAUUCAUAAUCAUUGAUCCCCACACGUGCAUCUUUUCGACCGUAGUCAUUCAGUGGCUUAUUGCCCAUAUUAUAUCGUACCUGCGUCCAACACGGUCGUUGCGAUUAUUUUUUUAAGUGUAUAAAAAACAUUCAUAUUGCGUUUUCGUCGAGCRCAUGUGUGAUAUUGUUAUAUUUAUUUGUUGCCGUAGUUAUACAUCUAAAUAAAAUAAUAUAUGCUAAUACGCCCAAAUCGUGCGAAAGGGAAAGGACUCAGCAGCAACGACAGUCCACCUGACGGACGGAUCGUAGAAUCGUCUGCAUCUCGAUUAUCAUUACUAUCGUUUUUGCCGUCAACCGGUGCACCGCGUACAUUGUUAUUAUACUAUACCCGCAGUGCCGUGUUGUAGUGCGACGUCCGGGCCGCGACAAUAUGAUGUCACUGUACAGAACCAUCAGGGGCACGAACGGCACCCAAAAACGCGUCAGGGACAGGAGUUGUCCGUCGUUAGCAGUGCCCAACGACAUGAUAUCCAGGCGCCGAAUACUGUCCAGGUCCAGGGACGAUCUGAACUUGGACUCGGGAGUAGGAUUUCCCGUCCAGGUUGAAGAAGAAGAAGACGUGUGGUACAACAAGGACAAACUGUACAAGGAUCACAUUCAGGAAGUGUUGGAUAAAUGGACACAAAUCGACGAUGAGAUUUGGGCCAAAGUGAUAGUGCUCGAGAGAAACCGUCGAGUGGCUAAAGCUUACGCCAGGGCACCAAUACUCACGGUCAACGGGUCUGACGAAGGAUUCGACGGAUACAGGAUUGGCGUGAACGGCUUCGACAACCCAAUGCGGGAUCCAAAGACCGAAGAAGUGAAAAAACAAGUGGGCCUCGGUGUCAAAGUGAAGAUGGACGAUCAAGGAAACAUUCUCGUGAAAAGGCUGUCCGGAAAGAACGUAUACGUAAAGAGCAUAUCGAACGCUGGUGAAGAGACCAGCAUCGGGGCGGACGUGCUCAAAUUACCCAACUACUGUCUGGAAAACGAUAAACCGGUUAAGUUAUUUGACAUGAAAAAAUUCCAACAGAACGUGUCCAGAGAAUURCGCAGAGCGUACCCUGACCGCAGGCGUCUGGAAUGUCAGUGUUUGAGUGCUAUAAGCUUUGUCAAAAACGAACAGGACAUGUUGGACAGUCCUAUAUGGGUAUUAAUCAUAAACGUCGUAGCCAUGGAUAUGCUCAAGUCAAAAUUGCCACCAAUGAAACGCACUACCGUGGACAUCAAGAAUCGGCCAAGGAUCCCGAUUCCAGAUGAGGACCCGUACAGCAUAGCGGGAGCAAACAUGGUGGCCGCCACUCGGGAACAACUGAUGAUGCAGACCGCGGCGCGUCGUGGUGACAAGCCGCCGAAGCUGCCUCCAAGGGACCCGUCGAACCCGUACCCGCACGAAAUACCCAAGCCCGAUUACGAUGACAUCGAAGAAGAAGAAAACAGAUUGGUCGGCUCCAUGAAGCAGUUCACCUCGUCGAGGGGAAAGGACAAAGUCAAGGACAACAAUAAAAAAUACGACGACCCGUACUACUGCGGACUGAGAGCCAGAGUGCCGAACUUCGUCAAGACUUCAAACGGCAAGACCAAGGAGUUCAACAAAGAUGUGCCCGUCGGCCCGAAGAUGAGCACCGCCGUGCCGCCAUCUCGGUACCAACAAAAUCCGAUGGCCCUGUCCAACGGUCACCUGGCCGCCGCACACUAUCAUCACACGCAGCCCGCCAUGUGGCACACGCGCAGCUUCGACAGCGGAAUGGACGCCGAAGUAUUCGAUUCGCCGUACAACCACAUCUACGGACGGCUGCCCAUACCCACCAGAGGUUACAUACCGACGGGACACAGGACUCCAAUGUACGUCGGCGAAUGGGACUAACGAUUCGAACAGGACGGAGCGACCGAAAUUGGUUCAUGCUUUUCUCAUCGACGAUGGUUUAAAUGAUAUUAGAUUAUUUUAAAAGAAAAGAAGAUUAAAAAUAUAUAUAUAUAUAUAUUAUCAUUAUUGUAAUAUUAGAAUAUAGUAGAUCCCUUUUCGUUUGUUUUCUCGACUGAUGGAUUUAUAUAUGUAUAUAUAUAUAUUAUAUUAUAUACAUAUCUACAUAUAUAUAAAUAAGUAAAUACGUACAUCUGUAUUAUAUAUUGUUAUAACAUAUAAUGUAUCAGAAAACGAUUUCACGAGCUUUUAUUAUUUUUUUUUUUUACUAUUCUUUCUUUUAUAUAUAUAUAAUAUUUAGAAUGUAUAUGUAUUUUUGUGAUUUUUUUUCGUUAUCGAUUUUAUUUGAUUAGUCCGUCACCGAUACGAAACGUGACGAAAUCCGUAAUACCACAGUGUAUACACACAUUUUAUCAUGAUAAUUUUUUUAUAAUUAUGUGAAUAUUAUGCAUAUAAGUUUUACGAUAGUAUAAAAUAAUUCGCGCGGGCUUUUUUCUUACGYAWAUAUAGCARCAGUACCAUACUUCAGUUAUUAUUUCACUUCAAUACAUCGUAUCUCUUUAAAACAUCGUCUUCGCCACGUCGAUAUCAUCGUUUUGGAAAUCGUGUAUCAAUGACGUGUAUGAUCGUUCAUCAUCCCACGGUCGUUGAACACACACAUUGCAAGUAUAUCGUAUAUUGUUGUUAUAGUUUUCGUGUACACCGUAUUAUUCCGACUGUCGAACAAACCUCGUCAUCGCGGUGAUAAUAAUAAUAAUAUAUGUAGUAUAAUUAUUGUUCGUAGAAAGCGAAAAACAGAAAAGCGAAAUUCAGUCGUACCUAGGUAUAUCAGUCAGCAUCCGACGACGUCGACGAUGUGUAUAGAGAGAGGUGAGUUAGGAUACGAUUUUUUUUUUUUCAUUGAAACUUACCGUGUGAAAAUAAAUAGAUC